AUGGUUCAAUUAUUAGCUGAUCCCGCAUUCUCCCCCGCUGGAACACCAACACACGAAGCCACUGAUGGUCCUCUGAUGAAGCGUCCCAACUUUGGCAGGACUGACUCGUCAACGCCAAUGACCCGGGAAGAACAUGCCAAACGGAUGCAGGAGCUCAACAAAAAGAGAGGAUUGAUGAGAGCACCCAGAAGAGGUUGGUCAAUGACUGACUACCAAGGCGACCAUAUUGCCGGGUCGCACUCGGGUGCUUCUCACAUUGAGCGGCAAGCACCGAUUCCCGAAAAUGAGUCUCCUCCUCCGUCCACGCCUCACCAGCCUUCAACUCCUGAAGUACCAGCCGAGGAUAAGGCAGCCCAACUCUCUCAUCGACCGAAGUUGCCUCCUCCUCGUCGCUCAUACUCUGUAAUGGAUUAUGAGCCAGUUCCUCAGACACAGCCACAGCCCCCCAAAGACCACACACUACUAGAUCUCCCUUCUGAGCUUCAUUACACCAUAUUCGAUCACCUUGAUCCCAUUGACAGCGUUUGCUUCGGCCUCACAAACUCCAACUUCUACGAAAUUCACCGACGACUUCACGGCACAGUUCCUCUUUCCAGCCGUUACUCUGGACCAAACGACAUGGAGUGGGCUUGGCGAGGAGCUGGUCCCCUUGUCCAUCGACAUGAGCGAAACCCUGAAAAGGAGGGCCCUAUGGAGCAGAUGCGUGUCAAGGGCCAGGUGUACUGCAGAAAGUGUGGCAUUUCGCGAUGCGAGCUGCACCGUCACCUCAAAGACUGGAUGGGUGAGGGCUACGAGUAUUGCUCCAUCAAGGAAAUUUUUGGCAAGCCCGCAGGAGAGGACGCAAAGCCAUACUGCUACAUGAAGAAAGCAGGGUACAUCAUAAUGAACCUAGACGACGGCAAAUUAAGAUAA